AGCAGCUUAAAGGUAAAAAUAAAUGAAAACAAAAAAGCUAAGCACUGCCCUUAUAAUAGUAGAAAAGAGUUGCCAAAAGAGAAGUCAAUUUCGGGUGGAGAGGUGUCUUCAUACUCCACUCUUGAAAGAGGUCAAGUGGUAGGCAGGUGGAAAUACAGAUGAAGGAAGGCUGUUCCAGAGUUUAUUAGUGAAAGGGUUGAAAGAAUGAAGAUGCUGGUUAACUCUUGCAUAAGGGAUUUGGACAAUAUAAGGAUGAGCUAAGGUAGAAAGUCGAGUGCAGCGGGGCCGCGGGAUUGGAGGGAGGCAUGCAGUUAGCAAGUUCAGGAGAGUAGUCUGCAUGAAAAUAUCAAUUGAACAUAGAAAGAGAUACAACAUAUGGCGUCGAAAUAUAAGAGAUAGCAUACUGUAAGUAAGAGGAGGGGAACUGAUGAGACGAUGAGUCUUUUACUCUACUCUGCCCAAAAGAGUUGCGUGUUUGGACAUGAGAUGACAUGAGAUGCACACUUCAUACGAUGGCGGACAAGACCCUUAUAUAUGGACAGAAUCUGUGAGGAGGAGAAAAACUGAUGGAGACGCUGCAGGACAUCUAACUUCGAGGAAGCUGAAUUAACAAGAGAGUAGAUAUGAAGUUUCCAGCUGAGAUUCUGAGUUAAGAAUAGACCGAGGAUGUUUACUGUAGAAAAAGGGAGCAGCUGAGUGUUGUCGAAGAAUAGGGGAUACGUGUUGGGAGACGUGUUUGGAAGAUUGUGUCGAGCUGACAGGUGGGGAAAUAGAUUUUUUGAGGCACUGAAGGACAACUGGUUCCUCCUGCCCCAUUCAAAAAUGAUUGCAAGGUCCUGGGUUAAGCACUCUUCAGCGUCCAGUCUAGAGACCUCUAAUUCCCGUAGGGAUUAUUUUCUGGCAAAAUAUUUUGAAUGAUGCAAAGUAGAGUCAUCGACGUGCGAGUGCAUAGAGAGUUUGUUUUGAAAAGAUCACUGAUGAACAGCAGAAAGAGGGUGGGAGAUAGGACAGAGUCCUGUGGGACACCAUCGUUGGAAGGUUUAGAAAGAUCAGUGACCGUCUAACACACAGCAAAGAUAAAUAAGCGUCUCUUAAAUUUUCAGUUUCUACUGAGCGCGUGGCAGUCAGCCAUCAGCACAACGAUGCAACCUGCACAGCACUGGCUGAACAGCACGAAAGACACUCCACUGCUUACAGGCCUGCCACUUGGCGCCCGCACUGCACCGCGCAAUGACUGUUCCAGCAACCCUAGCAGACUGCAAGUCACGCAGGGUCACCAUGAUCUAGAAGAAGAGUUUAGGCGUCGACACAAAGUCCUUCUGUGCGAGUGCAUGCAUGUGUCUCUUCCCAAAGUGACUUUACGACCAUUCUACAAACAUGUGUUGCCGGGUCCACUUACCAUGUGUAGGAUCUUGAAGCAGGUUGCGUCAAAGGCGUUGCAGGAGUUGGUCCAUCAGAUGGAGGACAAGGUUCUAGCGACUCCCUGGCCUGCCAGCGCAGUGAUUGUGAGGCACCCACUGGCCAGGCUCGCCUCUGCUUACAGAGACAAGUUUCUGAAUGGCAAACAACUCAACAAGUACAACGAUGAAUAUCGAAACAUCACGCAGAGCUUAGAUGGAUGGGAAACACGCUUCAUCAAAUACUGGCUGCCUGCACUCGCCUCUGAAGGACUUCUGGAAAGAAAUAGAGAAUUCAACGAGACAUUGAACAAAAUCAGGAAAGCUUACCAGGUGUAUGUAAAUAAUUAUGUCAGCCAGACAGGAGUUCUCUUGGGAAAGCCAUCACAGACGGAAGAAAAAAAAUACGGCCGAGAAGAGAUGGAAAUCGCCUAUAACAUGUUAUUCGUCGGGCCUCAUUUUGGGUUAGCCAGAGCUUUCAUGAACAGCUAUAACUUAAGCGACCUGGCACAACAGUUCAGGGACACUUCGUUCACUUUCAAUCAAUUCCUGCGUCACGUGGUUUGGACUCAUGACGUGGGCAUGCCCAAUGAACACUGGACUACCUACACAGAUACGUGUGAUCCUUGCCGGAUGAAGUUCGACUACAUCCUCAGGUUGGAGACGGUCCAGGAGGAGAUGCAACACUUGUUCAGCGGGGUGCUAGGCUUCUUGGAUGAAGUCAGCUUCCCGGUGAAGCACCGCAGCUACGGCCACGUCCUCGCCCAAUCUGACAGAGAGUACUACGCGAACGUGAGCAGUGAGCUGAUGGACCGACUCCUCGAUAUUUACAAACACGACUUCGCUAUCUUCGGAUACACUCAAGACCUGUAA